CGGCGUGGUUGGCGGACGUUGUUAAAAUGCGUCAUUAGCGCUUCACUUCCUGUAGUGUCGUAACGCCGAGAGAAGGCCAUGGCUCGUGGGCAGCAGAAGAAACAGUCUCAACAAAAGAACGCAAAGAAAGCAGCCGAGAAGAAGAAAUCUCAAGGAGCAGAUCAGAAGACUGCAGCUAAAGCAGCACUUGUCCACUCAUGUCCUGUCUGCAGGACACAGAUGCCAGACCCAAAGACAUUUAAACAGCAUUUCGAAAGCAAACAUCCAAAGUCUCCUAUGCCUCCAGAACUGGCAGAUGUGCAAGCUUAAAAUACACAAGAAACAAACAUGGACCUAAAACAGUGACCCCGGGGUAACGGCAUGACUUCAGCCAACUGACUCGACUGUAUUCCACAAACAUUAACCCUGGACCCAGGUGUGGAUACAAUGACAAGCAGAUUUUUGGAAGGACUCACACCAGCACUCGCUCAUUUUUUUUAUAUGUGCAUAAUGCUUCCACCUAUUCCAAGUGUGCUGUGUGACCUAACCGUCUCAUUGUCAUGAGCUGUAACUCACCAUAUUUAUUCACCACUAAUGACAAAACAUAUUUUCCCAUGUUGAUUCUGUCCCUUUAAAGUUCGAUUUUUUUUUAUAUGAUUAGGCGCUGUCCACCAUACUUUUGAGAAGUUAUCAGAAAAUGCCUCUGUAUGCCCUUAUCUUUUAACUGUGAGCCAAAAUUAAGAGGUGCACCACUGUGUGUAUUAAUGAUAGUAAUGAGCAGGAUUGGCAUGUAUUGUAUUAAUAAACAUGCUUGAAAUGAUCGAAGAUGUGAUACAAAUGCUCUUGUUCUAAUAGAUGGAUGAGUCAGGACACACUUUUGUUACAUUGUUUUCUAAAAUUUUCAAUAAAUGUAUAUGCAUAUAA